CCAGAUUUACCUGUUUGAAACUAUGUCAAAGUUUAAGAGGCAGAGCGAGAAUAUCACAUGCUGACUUGUGUCAAAUCAUGUCAUUCAUUAAAAUCUCAAACGUGCGGAAGUUGACAGGCAUUUAACUUAAGACUUCGAGAGAGAGCGUCCAGUUUUUUUCAGAACAGAAAACAACGAAACAAACAGAUCAUAAAACAGUGCGUAUACAGUAUAUUGACAUUAAGUCAGGUCGACAAGAUUAAAUUAGUCAGAUGUAGUAAUAGUUUAAAUAGACGCGGGCGGAACGCCAAAUACAGAUAAAAAAAUAUGGUGAACUACUUUACUCAACGGAUUAAGCAACGGAUUAUGAAGCUUUAUUUUUUAUUGUUGUGCUUUUUUGUGGACGGUGUGGUUGGUGAUGAAGUGACGUCAGUGUCAGUGAUGGAGGGAGAUUCCGUUACUCUACAACCUGAUCUUAUUGACAUACAGACAGCUGAUCGGAUAGUUUGGAUCUUUGGACCUGGAAACGAUCGUAUAGCUCAAAUCAACAGAGCGGCCAAUAAGAUUUCGACAUAUGAUGAUGUUCUUGAUGGGAGAUUUAAAGACAAACUGAAGCUAAACACUGAGACUGGAGAGCUCACCAUCACAAACAUCACAACUGAUCUCUCUGAAGUUUAUCAACUACGAAUCAUCAGUGGAACCGAUGGCCUUUCCAGAAGCUUCAGAAUUAUUGUUUCUUCUCAUCUGCCCGUUCCUGACAUCACCGGCGACUGUCCACAAAACUCUUCAUCAUCAGAAAACUGGAGAUGUGUAUUGUUGUGUUCAGUGUUGAAUGUGAGAGAUGUGAGUCUGUCCUGGUACAAAGGAAACAGUUUAUUGUCCAGCAUCAGUGUGUCUGAUCUCAACAUCAGACUCUCUCUACCUCUGGAGGUUGAAUAUCAGGAUACAAACACAUACAGAUGUGUACUCAACAAUACCAUCACAAACCAAACUCAACAAAUUGACAUCACUCAUCUCUGUCAGCCGUGUUCAGUGAGGCAGUCUGUUCUCCCAGAAAAACAGGAUCAUGAAAUCCUAAUAAGUGUUGUGGUUGUCUUUGGUGUUCUGAUCGUGGUUUUGGUGAUGUUCUUCUGUAUUUACAGGAACUUUAGAAAACCAUAUGGUCAGACCUCUGGAUACAAAUGCAUUAAACUAAACGGUUUGUGUGGUGCUGAUAAAAUGAAAACCGUAACAGAUGGAGUAAAGAACAUUACAGUAAAAGCAGGAGAGGAUUUCACACUGGACACUGGUGUUACAGAUAUACAAACAUUUUAUCUGACACAAUGGAAGUUUGGAGAAUUAGGUGACGACACUAACCCAUGUAUUCCCAUAAGUACAAUUCAUAAAAACAAAGUUUUAUUAAAUAAUGUUGCUGAUCAGAAACUGGGAAGCAGACUGAAUCUAAACGAACAGACUGGAUCGAUUACCAUCAAAAAGAGCAAAACCACAGACACUGGACUUUAUAAACUAGAAAUCAAAGGCAAUACAAAUAAGAUCUGCAAGUCUUUCUUUGUUACUGUCAGUGGUGUGUUGGCUGUUGACACAGAUGAAGUGUCAGUGUUUAUGGGGGAUUCUGUUACGUUACAUAGUAAUGACACCAAAAUACAGACAGCUGAUCGGAUAGUGUGGGUAUUUGGACAUGAAAACGAUCGUAUAGCUCAGAUCAAUAGGGCAGCCAAUAAGAUCUCAAUAUAUGAUGAUGCUGUUGAUGGAAGAUUCAGAGACAGACUGAUGUUAAACCGUCACACUGGAUCUCUCACCAUCACAAACAUCACAGCUAAUCAAUCUGGACUUUAUAAACUACAAAUCAUGAGUGGAAAUGAUGUCCUUUACAGAAGCUUUACAAUUAUUGUUUCUGUAAAGUUAUCAGGUGUCAGUGAAGAACAGAAGUCAUCCUCACAUGAACAUACAAUCCUGAUAAGUCUUGUUGUUUCUGCUCUUCUGGUCAUGGGUGCUGUGGUGAUCGUCUGUAUCUACAAGACACUUAAAAAAACAAAUCAAAAUGGCAAGUGUUAUUACAUACAAAAAGCAGUGGAGCGAUCCACUUUCACUUCACUAACUAGGCUACACUUUAUUACAUUAACUUUAUUCUUAUUAGCUAAUUUGAUUGAACUCUACAUCAAUAUGCAAAACCAGUUUCUUCAUGUUUUACUACUAUUGCUUAUGGAAGGUGUGUUUAAUGAAAAAACACAAGAACAGAAGUCUGUAGAUGUGAGUUUAUCUGUGACGGAAGGAGAAAGUGUGACUCUUGAAUCUGCUGUUACUGAAAUACAGACCAAUGAUCUGAUACUUUGGACAUUUGGAGACACUUGUAUAGCUCAGAUGAAUAAAGAGCCUGGCAAGAUCUCAUUAUAUGAUGGAGAUAGUGGGAUGUUUCGAGACAAGCUACAUCUAAAUAAUCAGACCGGAGAUCUCACCAUCACAAAUAUUAAAAUUGAACACACUGGACUUUACCACCUAGAGAUUCGUAGCAGUGGGGUUUUAUCCAAGACAUUCAGGGUUACUGUCAGUUCUCCUUUGCCUGUUCCUGUCAUCAGCAGAAACACACAAAACCCUUCAUCAUCACAAAGAUCAUCAGUCUCAAAAUGUGUGUUGUUGUGUUCAGUGUUGAAUGUGAGAGAUGUGAGUCUGUCCUGGUACAAAGGAAACAGUUUAUUGUCCAUCAUCAGUGUGUCUGAUCUCAACAUCAGACUCUCUCUACCUCUGGAGGUUGAAUAUCAGGAUACAAACACAUACAGAUGUGUACUCAACAAUACCAUCACAAACCAAACUCAACAUCUCAACAUUACUCAACUCUGUCAGAUCACGACUUCAGCACCAGGCUCAGGAAACAACAUGCCUGCAGCUGUUUUUAUAUUGAUGUUUUCAUUAAUUGUUGCUGCGGCUGGGAUUCUCUAUUAUAUGGCUAGUAGACCAACACACAAAUACCAAACCACUGGACAAGAGCUACAUAAUCUUUUUAAUGGUUCAGUCCCUAGGACAGCUGAUCAGCCAAAUGAUGGUCGGAAUACUGAAGAUAAAGCUGAUCAGUCAACUGCUUAUUUCAAGACAGUAACUGUGAAUGAGGGAGAGUCUGUCACCCUACACCCUUGUGUCCUUUAUGACAAGGAUGAGAUACUGUGGAAGUUUGCUGAAUCCAAAGAUAACACAAUUAAAUCUGAACUCAUAGCUAAAAGGACAAGCAUGAACAAUGGGGAAAUCAUAUGUAAUAAUGAGAAAUUCAGAGACAGACUCCAGCUUAACAAUCAGACUGGAUCUCUAACCAUCACAAACAUCACAACUGAACACUCUGGAUAUUAUCAACUAUUGAUGCCCAGAAAAAAGAUUUUGAAGAUAUUCAAUGUUAUAAUUGUAAAGUAA